GGCUUCCUUUUACACUGUUCUCUUCAUCCAAAAAUUUUCACCGACCCUAUUUAUUUAUUCAUUGCUCUUUUCAUUCCUCCCUGUCCACAAAAUUCACAUCUUUCUUCUUACGCUACCGAGAAAAGAACAAAGAACUUUCUUUUCUUUCACUCUGGUUUCUGCUUUAAUCUCAUCCUCUGGGAUCUAAUGUUUCUCUCUGAACUUUGAUAUCUCUGUCAUCAGCUGGUGAUUUUUGAUGAGAUGCUGCGUGAUAGUAAUUGAUUUGGAUACAUAAUUAAGUACCAUGUCUGAUCGUGGUGUACAAUCGUAUCAUGGUGGUGACACAGUGGAUGGUAAAUCAGUGGAUCGUUGCAAAUCUGUUUGGAUGGAUCAUUGGAUGCGCACAAGCCGUAAGUCAGCUACUCAGGCUUGCAGUAAUUUAUCAAUUCAUUCUGAGUCCAAGGAAGAAGUUCAUGAUACCAAACAGCAUCCUGUACUCAAUGGGCCAGAUAUAGCAACAGAGGUUUACACUAAAAGGUUUAGAGAAGCAAGUAAAGCCAAGGCAGUUGAUAGAGAGAGAUUAGAUUGUCAGCCCUUUCCAAUGUUCAGUAUUUCUAAAAAGAGAGAGGGUAUUUUGGCUUUAAAUAAUGGCGAAGCCAUGUGUCAUGGGAGAGAUUCCAACUCUGGACAUGAUACUGUUUUUCUCAAUGGAUGCAAGCGUCAUUUACCUUCAACGUUUGCAUGGGCUACUCCUGAAACAGACACUCUUGAAUGUCAUUCUCAGCCUGGAGGCAUCUCAGGGUACUCAGAGCAGCCUGCAAAAUCUCAUAAAGAUCUUGAAACAAACAGCUUAGCUGUUUCAACAUCUCCUCAGGAUAGUUCUAUGAGGUCCAGUUUAAAAAUUGUGCCAUAUGGAUUUAACAGCAGAAUGACUCCAUUGCAGUCUGUUGUUCAUGAGAAUAAAAUCAGUAACCAAUUAGACUCUAGAACAUCUGGGAAGUCAUUGUUGAGUCAGAAAGAUGCAGCUCUGUUAUUACAUGAUCCUUUAACGAGCAGUAAUCAGCAAUCAAGUUUUAUUGGUAAGCAGUACCAGAAUAUGCAAAAUCAUUCUGGUAUGUGGUUGUCCUCAAGCCAGAGUAGCCCCCCAAAGGCGACCAAAUCAGAAAAAUUAUAUCAUGGAUGUUAUCCGCUUCCAAGACUGCCACAUUCUGUUCAUGAUGUAGAGACUAUGAGAAUAUACACCACUGUUGACUCCAAAGAAGGAUCAUCUAGAGGCCCUUCCAAGUUGUCUCAAACAACUCGACAUUUUCUGAUUACGAAAAAGACUGAUGUUAACUUAUCCGAUGGAGGUCAAAUGUUUAGAGAGUCAAUGGUAUCAACCAAAUUCAAACGAAAAACUUUCACCGAGCUUCUUAGUUUAUCCCCAGAUUUUCAAUUUAAUGUUCAGCAAGGAGUGAAACUGCAACCUCUAGAAAGCUCCGCAGACAGUGAUGGAAAAGAAAAUCUCAGAGAUGUAAAUGCAGCAGUUGGAUUGAAGAAUGAAUCAUCAGCUGAAACUGAUACUAUGGAUAUGGAUGCUUUCCAGGAGAACCAUCUUUCUGGUGUUGCUUUGUCCCCAUCAAAUAAGUACCUCGGUGGGGAGUCACCAAUACAUCAACCUGUAGAUGCUUCAGCUGGAGAAGAAAUGGGGGGUAGACUCCUGAACAUGGAGUUUCGUAAUUUAAAACAAGUGCUUCCUGAUCUUCCCGCUUUGGCUAGUCCAGCGGACUGCAAGGAUAAAAGCACCUCAAGAACCCAAAGUUUGGAUGCGGAACACCUCCUUUCCCAUGCUGAGCAGCCCAUGACUUUUAAGUCCAGUGGUUGUCGUGAUGACCCUCUGGGACCGGAUCCAAGCAGCAGAUGGGUCAAACGCCUCAAGUACGGUGCUUCAGAUUCUGCUCAUGGUACCAAGAGCUCAAAAAUGGGAGAAGCCUCUUCCCAUGAAAAUGCUAGUAAGUUCUUCAGCAGAUUUUUGAAAUGUGGCAUAACCAGUUCAGAAACCACAAUGGCUAGAUGUCACAAUAAAGAAAAGAUGACAUUAGAUCAAAAUGCAAUGUUGUUAAAGAAUGGUGAGUCCUCUUCUCUUGAUUCAGUAAAGAAAUGUCCAGAUGUUACACUGUCACAUCCUUGGAUUCAGAGGUGGUGUCGUAAUCUGACUGCAUCACCCCAAAAGAAGCCUGAAGCUGUGAUGGUUUGUGAGCCACAGUGUUCAAAGGUAGCAAUAGAUGAGUUUCAAAAGAAGCAAUUUCCAAGCACUGCUGCUAUGGCAUUGAUGGGGAAGGCUAUGUGUGGUUUCCAUCCAUGUGAGUUUAAGAAAAGAGGAUCUUUUGUGGUUUGGAAUACCAAAGGGGCUUUGAGAUAACUCUGCCCUGAGUUGUAAAGGUUCAUGAAGAGUAAUCAAAGAGAUCAAAGGGAUAGUGCCCGUUUUAGUUUUUGAAAAGGGGCAAGAAAUGCUUUGGCCAUUUAUCACAAUCAGAUCAGAAGGAAAAGCUGUGGAAUUUUUUGGGUGAUUCUGAAUUAUUAGUAAUUUUUCAUUUCUCUUUACUCUUUAGGAAUAUGUUCUCUUGAUGUGCAGUCAGAAGAAUUCCAAAGAGGAUAUGUUUCUCGAUGUGGCAAUCUGGGGAGGAGGGGGUAGGGGAUGCUGCCAUCACUUAAUUUGAUGAAGUUGAAAGCAUCUGCCAUGCUGCUGAUGUGGCCUCCUGUUCCUCCCAGAAUACCUGGAGUGAAACAUUGUAACGCAUGGGAACCAAGAAUUGAAAUUACACGAGGAGAUAAAGUUUGUGCAUCUUAAUUGGCGCACAUGCUAAAACACACAAGGACAGGCAGACUUGCAUGUAAUAUAAUUAAAGAGAGGGAGAGAGGCCUUAAAAUUCUGCUCUUUUGUAGAUACUGUCAAGCUGUGCAUGCUUCAAAAGUUUUGGUAUUUAGCUUUUCUAUGAUAUUAUUAAUGUAUCUUUUGGUUGACUA